AACGACAACAGAGCUGUAACUUCAUAUUUUAUUCGAACAGGAUACUGCAAAGCUGACUAGCAGUCAGCCCAUUAAUUUAAUAUGGGCUUGACAAAACAUAUAGUUGUAUUCCUUGUUCUAUCACUUCUUGCAAGUGUUUGCACCUCGGCGACAGUUCCUUGGUAUCAGCUCAACGAUGGACGUCGGAUGCCAGGCAUCGGCUUAGGAACAUGGUUUGGCAUGUUUAAUACGACGCAUGCAGCAGAAGUGUUUCCCGAUCAAAUGGAGCAAGCCGUGGCCUGGGCAAUCGAUGCUGGGUACCGGCUGUUUGAUGUUGGCGUGAUCUACCAAACGGAAGAAGCGCUGGGUCGAGGUAUUCAAAGAAAGAUUGCUGAAGGAGUCGUAAAGAGAGAAGAUGUUUUCAUAACAGAUAAGCUUUGGAACGACGCACACGCACGCGAUGCUGUGGUGCCUGCUUUACGCAGGUCUUUAGAAAAGCUUUCUAUGGAUUAUGUGGACCUAUACCUCAUACACUUCCCUGUCGGACAAUUCGAAAACGGGACAUAUGACCUUACCGACUAUCUAGAGACUUGGGAGGGCAUGAUCGAAGCUAAGCAGCUAGGCCUCGCUAAAUCUAUAGGAGUUUCAAAUUUUAAUCCGCAUAUGAUAGAGAGGAUUGUUAAAAAUUCACGCGUUAAACCGGCGGUGGCGCAGUUUGAGCUAAAUUUGCAAAUACAGCAGCCUUCUGUGCUGAAGUAUUGCCGUGAGAAUGAUAUAGCUGCAAUGGCUUAUUCUCCUUCUGGAUCCCUUUUCCACCACAUAGCAUUGCCAGGCGCACCGCCGCCGCGGGUCGAGGACCCCGUCCUCAAGCAGAUAGCUGACAACCACAACAAGACGGUGCCGCAAAUCGUUUGGAGACAUCUGAGUGUUUGCACCUCGGCGACAGUUCCUUGGUAUCAGCUCAACGAUGGACGUCGGAUGCCAGGCAUCGGCUUAGGCACAUGGUUUGGCAUGUUUAAUACGACGCAUGCAGCAGAAGUGUUUCCCGAUCAAAUGGAGCAAGCCGUGGCCUGGGCAAUCGAUGCUGGGUACCGGCUGUUUGAUGUUGGCGUGAUCUACCAAACGGAAGAAGCGCUGGGUCGAGGUAUUCAAAGAAAGAUUGCUGAAGGAGUCGUAAAGAGAGAAGAUGUUUUCAUAACAGAUAAGCUUUGGAACGACGCACACGCACGCGAUGCUGUGGUGCCUGCUUUGCGGAGGUCUUUAGAAAAGCUUUCUAUGGAUUAUGUGGACCUAUACCUUAUACACUACCCUGUCGGACAAUUCGAAAACGGCACAUAUGACCUUACCGACUAUCUAGAGACUUGGGAGGGCAUGAUCGAAGCUCAGCGGCAAGGCCUCGCUAAAUCUAUCGGAGUUUCAAAUUUUAAUUCGCACAUGAUAGAGAGGAUUGUUAAAAAUUCAUGCGUUAAACCGGCGGUGGCGCAGUUUGAGCUUAAUUUGCAAAUACAGCAGCCUUCUCUGCUGAAGUAUUGCCGUGAUAAUGAUAUAGCUGCAAUGGCUUAUUCUCCUUCUGGAUCCCUUUUCCACCACAAAGCAUUGCCAGGCGCACCGCCGCCGCGUGUCGAGGACCCCGUCCUCAAGCAGAUAGCUGACAAUCACAACAAGACGGUGCCGCAAAUCGUCUGGAGACAUCUGAUCGAACUUGGAGCCAUUCCCAUUCCAAAAUCGAUAACCAAGUCAAGAAUAGAAGACAACAUUGACGUGUUUGAUUUCAAACUGUCGCGCGAGGAGAGUGUGUUUUUAGGCGGCUACGAUGUAAACUAUAGAACCGGAAAGUUGUGGUCCGACUCACCUUAUUAUCUAACAAGAAAAUUAUAUUUUUAAGCAAUACCAUUAUGUACACAACAGCUGUUUCUUUUUGAUUCUAAAGUAAUUGUUACAUGUCUUAAUUUGGAUAAAGUAAAUUUCAUUAAACUUUUAUGAAACUUUAUUU